CGCCUGUGUUAAAAGGAAUAAAAGCUGAGAUUAAAUAAUAAUAUAGAGUUAUAUUGAAACAACGUGCAAAACUAAAAAACCCUUAUCAAAGUGUCAAGGUAUCUACUUACCCGCUGGUCCACCCUUCGAGGGAGCUGCUUCUGAACUCUGAGCUAUGGACGGUAUCGAAGACCCGGAGUCGAAUGGUGAAUUUGCUUUCGAGACAGACCACCUCGCGCUGCGUGGAAACAAGGACUACAACGAUUUGUUGAAAUAUAUUGUUGUGCUUGAGUCCCAAAGAGUUGCCGCUUUGAAAGACAUAGAGGAGUUGACAGAAGCACGAAACAAGGCCCUUGAGGAACCAUUCGAGUUUGUUCAAAAGCUACAGGCUGGCACAAUUCAGUUUCCCCCUCGGCAUCACAUUAGAGAGAUACCUACAAUAGACUGGGACCAAUAUGGAGUAGAUAAUGCUCAAGAUACUGAUGAAUUUAAUAAAGACAUAAAACCAGAUAUUUCAGAAGUUGGAGUGAAAGUGCGUGGACGGAAAUACACUGACAGCAAGCCGGAGACGUUCAAUCAGCUUUGGUCUUGCGAGGAACAAAAAAGAUUAGAAGAACUUUUAGAAGUUUACCCUGAAGAACCAAUAGAGGCAAGGCGGUACAAAAAGAUAGCCAAAGCACUUAGAACUCGAACCCCUAUCCAAGUAAUGAGUAGAGUGCAAAAGUAUUUUGCAAAAUUAGCCAAAGCUGGCCUGCCCAUACCGGGACGAACACCCAAAGGUAUGGGGCGGGAUAAAUGCAAGUCAAUACUUUACAAGAAAUCAAAUUUCUUCCCUCAGCUGCAUGUUCCUGUCAAAAUGGAGGACACAUAUGAUGUUGCUGAGGCUCCUUACACAGCAACUACGGCCACAGCCACGGAGACCAAAGUCGGCAACAAACACAUAGUGGAGUUGCUACGGGCGGCCAAACUACAAAGGGCACUGGAUGAAACUGCACCUGUGUAUCAGAAGAAUACAUUGUGUGUCGGCUGCCAGGCCAAAGGUUUCCUGGGUGCACGCUGGACUGACAACGCUGGGACAGAUUACUGCACGGACUGUGUUGUGAAGCAUCUGCCAACAGAAAAAUUGACCCCAGUUCGGAUACCAUUGGAUUCUACACCAGAGAAAUAUAGACAAGCACUUAAUAAUAAAUGGUGUUAGAUAAUUUAUAGGACAUUUGUGUCGUUCUCAAGUGAAAGGUACCACAUUGUCGCUUGCCAUAAGGACACUGACAGGUUAUUCAUCUAAAGAUAUGAGCAAAUUUCUUCUUUAUGGUAAGUGACAAUGUAGUACCUUUUGCUUAAGAAUGACAAAUUCGAUUAAAUGAGAAAGAAUCUUAAACUGUAAUUUAAUAAUCUGUAUAGUAUUCACAGAACCUUUUAAAAUGAUGAUUAAUGACUAGGUACAUUACCAAUAACGGUUACUUUCAAGACUCUUUAACAACAUAAUUAUGUUGAUUAGAAUUUAUGUUGUACUUACUAUAUUUCUUUUACAACUCAUGCAUGCAGUUUUAAGCAUUUUUAUGCUGUGUAUUUUAAGACUACCAUUUCAAAACUAUAUGAAUAUAUUUUGAACUUGGUAAGUAUAUGUAUAAGUGUACACAUACACUAUGUAUUAAGCAUAAUAACAUCUAGUGUAGAUUUUUAUCCUAAUAUACAUUUUAGUCCAAAUAAGACAUACAAACAAAAUCAAACAGAUUGCAUAUUUAAAUUAGAUGCAGGCAUGUUAAUAUUCUCUAGUACACUAUAGUUACCUAUUUAAAAUCAAUUUGUGCUUUAAUAAAUUUACAAUAAUCGAUUUUUUUAUUUAAUGUUAAUAAAAUUAGUUGAAAUCA